CCACUGAUGUGCACCAUCAGACACUGCACGUUCUACCUGGAAUCCUGAAAAUUCAUUUCACAUUAUGAGACUACUAUACCUUCUCUUUCUCUUCCUUGUGUGUCUUAUCCAGACAACAUCAGGGCACGAAAAAAAGAAGAAAUACCUCCAGUGUCCAAAAAUGGGUGGUGUCUGCAAGCAUCAAAAAACCCACGGGUGCUCCAUCCUGCCUGCAGAAUGCAAAGCUCGGAGGAAACACUGCUGCAGAGUGUAGU